AUGCCAGUUCUUUACAAGGACUCUAAAUAUGUUUUAAAGUCAGAUGCAGUACCGUCAAUAUUUACAUGGAAUGUGAAAAAAAACAAUAUGGACUUCAAUGGAGAAACUUCUGAGACAAAUAAAUCAGCGAAAGAUACUUUGACUAGCAGGAAAGAAUCUGAGCCGGAAAACUUAGAUGCAAUCAAAAAAUUUAUUGAAGACCAAGAGAAGGAGAUUCAAGAGCAAAAAUGUGAGCAGGAGAUAAAUCAAAGAAUUGAGGAUGAACAUGAAAUGGGCACAAACCAAAAUAAAACUGAAGAACCAUUAGCAGUAGCUGCAAGCGUUAUGGAUCUGAUAUUGAGUGAAUCUGAGGCUAGACUACUGACAAAGAAAGGGGAAAAGAGCUUCGAAAAACAGUGUAUGAGCUCAAAUGAGAAGAGCAGUAUGGCAUUGUCAGUGGGUUCCAAAGUUGAGGCAAAGGAUUUUGGUGAGUUUUGGUAUCCAGCACAAAUUCUUGAAGUGGAUUAUGAUGAAAUGGAAGUAUUAGUUCACUAUGAAAAUUGUUCAAAAAAGCAUGAUGAAUGGAUAAACGUAAGCAGUCCCAGGCUGAGGCCUUUAAGUAAUCUUUCAAGGGUGUCGCCUAGUGCGUCAGUGGACAAUGAAACAGUAAAUGUGUGUGCGUCUGUGAAAGAGGAAAUCAGGGACGACGAGAAGCCAACAUUGAAGUUCGUCGUCGGAGAGAGAUGUCUGGCGCGUUGGAGGGACAAUCGGAGAUUUAUGGCCACCAUUAACAAAGACUUGGGCAACGGCUCUUACGAGAUAAUAUUCGAUGACGGCUUCCAGUGGAAGUGCACCACGGGGAGGCUUUAUAAGCUAAAGCGGAGCACCGAGACGGGCGAAGACCCGUCGGCAUUGGAUACUUCCUCCUCGUCCACCUCCGCCAACCCCUCGCCCAUCCCGUACGGGGCCGGCCCAAGCAGCGCGCUCCCACCCCCCGCCUUCCACACCCACCUCUUUGACCCAGCCCGUGAUUAUCUAGGUACGAAGAGCGAGCGCCGCGAGAAGAAGCGCAAGCUGAACAUAAAGGAGAUCUUCAACAUCGGCCAGAAGAAGCGGCGGAAGCAGAGUUCACCGAAGGACAAGGAUGCGGCCGCCCCGAGGACCGUCAAGCAGAGGAAGCCAAGGAGGAAGAUUAGGACGCAGUUCGGUCCAAGGGUCAAGGCUGAAAUUAAAACCGAGAUACCUGAUGCAGUGGCAUCCAUAAUUGGUACAGUGGCCAAGGGGAUUGAUGAUUUAAAAGAAGACACAUUAUCCGCAGAUGAAACACCGAUAUUGCAAAUGCACCAAAAACAACAGGAAACUAUUGGUAAUAGUUCCCAGAGCACAAUCAAAGAUGAACCGUUCUGUUUCUCUGGAACAAAUGAAUCAGAAUUAUCCGACACAAAAAACAGCACAGAUCUCGUGUUAGAAGAAGAAACAAAACUUGAGAACUUCGAAUCAGUAGACGACCGGAAACACGAGGAGGUCAUUGAUAGAAUUAAAGAGGCCAUCACUAAACUAGAGGAUGGCAUAAGUAAGGCGGAGAGGGUGGAUUCGCCAAUUAUAGAAAUAGAAAAACAAAAGGAAGAUGUAAAAGAUGAGAAAGAUACAAUAGUAAUAAAAGAGGAACCGGUAAACAUCGAGGACGUCAAAGUGGAGAACGUUAAACCACCCGAAGAGCAGGAAAGGGCCGGGACUAACGAAGGGAAGAUGAAGAGGACAAUAUCGAAAAUGAAGAAGAGUAAGAAGUUGAGAUUGUUGCAGGAGAAAAAGGUGAAGAAGCAGGUGGAGAAGGUAAAGAGCGAGCUGGAGGAGAUGAAGCGGCAGGUAGAGGAGAUGAAGAAGCAGAUGCUGAUGAAGACGGAGGUGCUGACCAGCCCGCAAAAGCCGGAGAUGCCGGAGAGCUUCCUGCUGCCAGGCGAAUGGUGCUGCAGAUGGGUGAAUGGCCAACCUGUAGGGACUGUCAGCGAGAUUGAGAGCGAGGUGAAAUGCGAAGGUGGCAGUAAGCCACUGCCUAGGCGCAGCGUCCAGGUGGAAGAUAAGCGCCUGCCUCAGGGCUGGACUAAGCACAUGGUACGUCGGAGUCUGGGUAACUCGGCAGGAAAAUGGGACGUCGUCUUAGUGAGCCCGGACAACCGCCGCUUCCACACGAAGACCGACAUGCGGGCCUACUUGGAGGGCGAGGGGGGCGCCGAGCUGAGGCGCUACGAAGCAGCCCUCCUGGACUUCGGGGUCCACCUGAAGCUGGCGCGCCGCAUGGGCUGGGUGGCCAGCGCCGGCCGCGAGGAGCCCGUCACCCCGCUGCCGGCCGGCCUCAUGAGCACCAGCUCGCCCCUGGUCAAGCGCAGGAAGCUCGGCCUCAAACGGGCCACGGGGCCGAAGGGGAAGGGGAGGCGGCUGUGCGCCGACGGCAAGAUACGCAGGGUGCACCAACUGUCUGAUCAGAAGCUACCUGGUACAAGUGACGACGGAUUCCUUGAAGCACAGGAUGGUGGAACAGCCUGCGAUAGUCCCACCUUGGAAGAUGGAUGUGUGUUUGUAGGCGCAUUGAAGGUCCAGAUCGUGGACAACCUGCUAAGAUGCCCGGCCGAGGGGUGCCUGAAGAACUUCAGGAACAACACCCUGCUGAAGAUGCACAUAAAGCACUACCACAGGGAGCUGAGGAAGAUGCUCGGCGCCACCCCUAAGGUGCUGGACCUGGCCUACGCCAGGACUAGGCCGACGAAAGCCGACAUGAUUAGGAAAAGGGACACCCAGAGCAAAAUCAUCAAGGUGAAAAUACCGCGGCCGGCGAAGCGCAGCGACGAGUCCAAAGUCGACAUGCGCGAGCUGGACUCCGAGCUGCGGGUGGACAUCCCGCUGUCGCCGUCCAGGGAGCACGAGGCGCCUAGGGCCCUGGACUCGCCGAAACUAAGGGACGCGCUGGUCAAAAAACCAGUCAAAAGACCCAAGGUCCUGCUGCCAGUGAGGCGACCCGACCCAGACAUCGAACAGACGAAACUAUCAGACCUAGCGGACGAAGACCAGACGGACAGGGAGGACAGCCAGUCCACCGUCGAGAUAUUGGACUUCGAGACGGCAAUAUCCACCCACACGGUGACCAAGCCAGUCACCGAUGGCAGGAAAGGCGAGAGGGCGAAGCGCCGCGCCUUCGCCCCGUUCGCCAAGCGGCCGCCGAGCGAGGACGAGGAGUGGCUGACGAUGAACUCGGACGUGGAGACCAGGUCCUCGUUCCCCGGCUCGGGCACGCCCGACUCUAAGACGACGGACGUGAAGGCGUCUGCGAACGCAGCCGCUUCUUCGGAGUCAAACGAAGACCAGAAAGAACCGAUGUACACAUACACCGAGACCGGUGAACGCAUCAAGAUAGUCCAGAUGAAGCGAGAGGAGAUAAUAAACUGCCAUUGCGGGUACCGCGAGGAGGACGGUCUGAUGGUGCAGUGCGAACUGUGUUUAUGCUGGCAGCACGCCCUCUGCCACAACAUCCAGAAGGAGUCCGAGGUGCCCGAGAAGUACACGUGCAGCAUCUGCCUGAACCCGCGGCGCGGGCGGCGCUCGAGGCGGUUCGUGCACGACCAGGACCGCCUUUACGAGGGGCUGCUGCCGGGCGCCAGGCCCUGCGAGCCGCUAAGGCGCGCGCACGAGCUCGCCGGCAACCUGCUGCGCGUGCAGGACGCGCUGCACGCGCUGCGCGUCAAGUGCCACGUCGCCGCGAAGAAGGACCACCCGAAGCUGUACCUCUGGGCGAAGGACUGGGAGAGCACGGAACUGAGCAUCGCCCAGGAAAAGCUAAACUCGGACUAUUCGGACCUCAGCAUCAUAAUCAACAACAUCGGCAAGGAGAAUCUGCCGCUGAAGGCGGAUGAAGUCCGGGACCUGGCCGAGGAGCACGAGGAAAGAUUGCCCCUCGGUCCCCAGACCCUCCUCAGCGGGCUGCUCUCCAGUCCGGGCGGUGGCCCACUGGAGCUGCCCAUCAGCACAUCAGAGCUGGAGAGACUGGCCAAGUCUGUCCAAGAGCAACCCGCUUCGGCGCCGGCGCCCCAGCCCGAGGCGGCGAUAGAGAACGGCGCCUGUCGCGAGCGGCUGCUGCGUCACAUCCAGCGGUGUCAGGCGCUGGUCGACGCGCGGCUGGACUCCAUCGAGGCACAAGUCGCAGAACUGGAAUCGCAAGAUCCCUCGUUCGAAGACGACGAAACGGCAGACUAUUUCCCGCGCACGAAGCAAACGAUCCAGAUGCUGAUGCGGGACUUGGAUACUAUGGAAGAGUUGGGGGUCAUCACA